AUGACUCACAGAACAGAACAAGCUUACGAUCUUUUGUUUAAUUUUCUAGCUGAUGAACUUGGAGAGUUCGAACCAGAGUCUAUCAUGACAGAUUUCGAAAUGGCUUCUAGAAAAUCAUACAGUAAGUGUUUUCCAACUACUAAACAACGGGGUUGCUACUUUCAUCUAAUGAAAGCUAUUUGGAAAAAAAUACAAACAAUUCCAGAAAUGCAAAAGUUGUACAAGGAAAAUAUAAUUUUCUCUUCGAAAAUUCGUUAUUUUGCUUCUCUGGCUUUUAUACCACCAUCAGAUGUUUGUAAUGCUUAUGAAAAAAUAUUAAAAUUAGAUUUUUUUGUUAAAAAUAAUCAAAUUAUUUUUCCUUUCCUAACAUACUUUGAGGAGACUUGGAUUGGUACUAAAAAACGAGGGCGAAGAUAUCCUCCGUUAUUUCCUAUAUCUCUAUGGAAUGUUUAUGAGGCAAUACAAAGUGACUGGGAUAAAACAAACAACAUUUGUGAAGGAUUUAACAACGGAUUUGCUCAUUUACUUUCUGCUCAACAUCCUUCAAUCUAUAAAUUUAUAAAUGGUUUGAGACGUCAACAAAACCUAACGGAAAUUAAAAUAAGUCAAAGUAUAGUAGGAAAUCCAAAUACGCCAAAUAAAAAGAACAAGACAGUCAGUUGGGCUGAACGAGUAAAAAAAAUAGUAGCAGAUUAUGAUAAUCGAGAGUUUGAAGAUUAUCUUCAAGGUAUUUCAUUGAAUAUAUACUUCCAUUAA